GAUUAGUUAAGGUUAGAAAAUGUUACAUCAGCUUCAAAUACAAUAAAAUCUUUUUAUACAAUAUAAUGUUUAAAAUCCACGUGAGCUAUAUAACGGGAAAAGUGUUGAAAUAAUGAAAACAAUCUUUGGAAGUACAUACGAAUCAUCUUGUCACGAGUUUUAUUAAACCGAUGGUAGAUAGUGGUGAUAAGAUACUACGUACAUAAUUCGCGGUGUGCAACAGGUUUACUAGCAAUCUCGAUAAUUUAUUUUCAUACAUUAAGGAGAUCUAGAAGAUACAGUAGUAUGUAACUUUUUGUAAAUACACGCAGAAUAUGACGUGGAAUCCUUUGAAGAGGAAUCAUUUAACACAGAGACCUACUCCAGCACAGCCUUUAUUAUCGCAUACCGAAGACAGGGACCUCGAUGUUGCUGUUCAAAGACUCAUUUAUGUUGAGGAUACUAUCAGGAAGCUGACGAAAGAAAUGAAGAAAUAUGUAGAAGCAGUUGUAAAUUUGGACCGAGCAGAUCAAAGGCUAACGUUGAAUCUAACAACUUGUGGCUUGGGUCAUCUCAGCGAUGAGUUUAGAAGAGUCUUAGAAGACUAUCAUUCUGUUACAACACAGGUAGGGAAAACUGUACAAGACUUGGCAGUUCUCUGUCAGAAAACAUUCAUAGAGCCUUUGAAGAAAUUGCGGGACGAAUUUGCUCUAAUAGCUGCUGCAAUAGCCAAGCGGGAAGAGUUAGUAAACAAUUGGAAAUACUUGUACAAUCGAGUAAAGAAAUUGCAGGAAAAGAAAGACAGAACUGCUAGUCACAUCGCGAAGUUAGAGAGAGAACGAAGGGCAGAAGAGAUAGCCGCAAAGGAGUUGAAGAUUGUCCAUGCUCAACUACUCAUUGAGUUGCCUUCGUUUUUAGACAAGAGAUUAGAAUACAUUAAACCUAGCGUACACGCUUUGAUCAUGAUACAAUUGGACUAUUACGGAAGCACGACCAAACUAUUCACGCAACUAAUGCCAGUUCCUAACGCUUCGGGAUCGCCAUCCAGUGCCAUGAUACCCGAGGAGGAAUACCAGCAAUUAAUCGCUAUUCAAAUGAACAGAAUAAGAGCACUUACUAUUGUGAAAAAUUCGUAAAGAUUAAUCGCUUACAAGUGGUAAAAACACAAUGAAACUAAAUACUAGCUACUGGAAGGAACUGGAUAUCGUGGUCUUGUGGCCUAGGUACGAAUGUAUUUAUCACAUCGCAGUAUUUACACUGAUAUUGUAAAAGUUAGGUACACUUAAGAUGGAACCAUUC